AUGGGUGGCAUUAACUCACAACAAGUCCAGACUCCAUCGAGUGGGGGCUCUGCUUUGAUCGGUGUGGGCGUGACGCUGUCGGUGCUGCAAGUUAUAUUUGUCGUCGCGCGCUUCUAUACCCGGUCUUUACAACAUACACAGUAUGGUGCCGAUGACUACGUGAUGCUUGUCGCCUUGACUGGAAGUAUUGCUAAAGCGAUUGUCUAUAUUGUCUUGGUAGAAGUAGCAGGACUGGGGCAUCAUCUUGACGAUAUUGUCUACUCCCAACAGAACACAUCUUUACUUAGAAAGGGAUUCUUCGUUUUGGAAAUUCUUGACUUCCCUUUCACAGUGACCCCCGCCAAGCUGGCGCUGUUACUCUUCUUUGUACGGCUUUUCUACAUGCGAAUCUUCUACACGCGCAAGUUCCAGAUCAUCCCAUACAGCAUCGGGUUCCUGAUCCUAGGACUGGGAAUCACGGUGUUAUUCGAAACCAUAUUCCAAUGUUCUCCCAUCGCAUCAGGAUGGAAUCCUAAUAUCCACGGAACAUGCCUCAAUCAAACAACAUUCUACCGCGCCAUUUCUCCCAUCAAUGUACUAACCGGACUGAUGAUCCUGGUGCUACCCAUUCCCUUCGUUUGGAGCCUCCACGCCCGAACAGGGCAAAAACUAGCAUUGACUGGUGUUUUCUUGCUAUCCGGACUCGGGACCGUGAUCAGCGUCCUCCGAAUGGCAGUCUACUUCACAAACACAAGGACCGAGUUAAACGAUAGGACCUGGUUCUCUAUCGAACUGGGCAUUCUCUCAAUGAUCGAAAGCGCCAUCAUCGUCAUCGCUACAUGUCUAGUCAGCAUCUGGCCUCUAGUAACCCAACUCAUACCUCGAGCCUUCUUUGCAAAACUCCGCCGCUAUCUAUCGCGUGGCACAAAGCACCCACAUCACGAGCAAUGGUACACGCAUGCCAUCCAAGUAGAAGCAAAAAGCAUCGACCAUCUUAUAUCUGAUGGAAACUAUAUCCAGCGCGAAGUGAGUUGGAGCAGUCGGCCUUCUUCUUUGGCGGAAUUGGAGGACCAGCGGUCCUGGAUCCUUGGGGAUGAAGACGAGGGUCCACGACAUCAUCCUUGGGUUUCUUAUGAAGUGCAUAUUACAGCCGGAGGAGCAAAAGUUUAA